AUGGCGGCUACCGAACAUUCUGGUAUCAGCCUUAUGAGCCAAUACAAUAUCGUUCUACCGAAAAGGGAGGCAACUGACUCCUCCGGCAAACCUAUACCUGCAUGCGACCCCGAUCAAUGUGCUGCGGCAAUAAAGGGGGAGGAUGUACCCGUCGCUCUAAGUUCGUUUUGGCAUCGGAGAGCAGUCAUUCGUGGGAUUCGUGAUUCACUUCAAUUCGCAACAAGCCCGGCAAUUAGUGAGCUAUGCUCCGGCAACAAUGCCCAUCAAUUUUCCCGGGCCCGCAAUGCUCGCUUGAUAAUGAGUGAUACAAUCCCCGAUAUGCAAGAUCCCGCCACUCAGCCGUACUGUAUAUGGUAUCCCGACCUUGCAUCAGAAGAAACAUAUCGCGAAAUUGCCCGUCAGUAUCCGUCUAUGCGGUAUCAAGUCGGCCGAGCGUGUGCUGCAGCAUGCUACACAGAUCUUUACAAAGAAUUGGACCUUUUGCCUGACGUUUCUAUUGCGGAAGAAUCCCGCGAACUUAACAAAAACACAGACGCCGAAAUCUACAAGAUUAUUAUGUCUAGUUCCCAACAAUAUGUUGUCAUGGAAGAUUUCUCUCGAUCCGUUCUUGAAAACCCACGGACACCUGCGUUUCUGAAUGGCGAUAUGAAGCCCCGAUGGGCUUUGGGGCAGCGAGUUUACCCUGGUAAAAAUUUACCAGAGACAACUGCUGAUGAUAUUGACAUCGAGGAAGAUGGAUUUAUCGGCUUGCAAGAUAUCAGCUUGGGGGAUAUCAGCGGAGUAGAGGACUACGCUAAACUGGGCCCAGGCCAGUCCGAUCAAUUGUGGAUGCCUCUUCCGCUUGAUCUCCCAUUUCUCGAAAAACGCCUUCAGACACAGAUGGCUGCGUGGGAGGGCAAUGUGGAUCGAUACAGUCGACUAAUGCAUCCACGCAGGCUGAGAACCAAACUUGAAUACAAUUGUAUUCUUCGUGGUAUUUAUCAUAGUACAACUUUUGCUAGAUGGUGGGCAUAUCAGCUGGAAACAAACCCUGGACGGGCUAUCCUCCCCGGUAAAUUGCUUGGCCAAGGCAAUAAACAGGAGUGCAGAGAGAUUCGUACUGCGAUUAAUGCCCGUAUGAUAAUGAACAAUGAUAUCUCUGGUAUCGACAAUGAUUCGGACUGCCUCCCGUGGGUUAUAUGGGGGCCUGUGAAGCCCUCUGAGUUAACUUUGGCUGAUUUGGUUCGAAAAUGUCCGUCCAUGGGACACCAAGUUGCGAUCACUUGUAUAAUAUGUGAUUACGAAUCAAUAUUCCGAAGUUUGAAACCACCCUACACCGAAUCCUUAGAUGGUUACACUGAUCAUACUGUCAGCUACUAUGACAUGGAGAUCGGGUAUGGACAAUAUCAAUGUGGAAAUGAACACGAAGAUACUCCAGGUACAUAUGGAGGCGGGCUAGCGAAUGCGGGAAUGGUGGAGAGAUACAUGUGGCUCUCAACUGAAACUGCACAGAAGUUAAAAAAUGAACUUGACGUAUCCUACCCAGGUGCGGAUACUGGUCUUUUAUAUGGCGAUGAGGAACUUCAGUCUAUAUUUUCACGCGGUAUACAGCCUAUGGAGUGGUAG